AUGGCUCAGAUAGACUCAACAGCCACUCAGGCCCCGACCAAACCGGCCCAUCCCGUCGUUACCUCGUUCCCAUUUAACCCCUUGACGACCACUUUUACUCGUCCCGCGGACUGCGAUGGCAUCUUUGCAUCCAGCUUCCUCUCUGGCAUUGACUUCUCAACGUCCUGUCUCCCAAAAGGCUUCCACACCGACGAGACAUCGUACUUUUCGCCCGGUCUAGUGUGUCCCACGGGCUACUACUCUGCCUGCCACGAUAACAUCGGCGCGAAGAGCAUCACGACGGUAACAUGUUGUCCGACGUUUGGGACCGAUCUCUCGCUUUCGUGCGUCACAGCAAGCACGCUGGAGAGUGUCUGGUCAACACUGUUUUGUACAUGGAUUGCAGGCGAUGUUACUUCGCUCCCCAUGACGGUGAGCGACAACGGCAUCACGAGCACGGUGACGAGAUCUUUCUCAGGACGUGAAGGUCUGAACGCUUUUGGCGUUCGAAUGGUCUACCAAAAGACUGACACUCAGACGACAACAAUGGCAAAAUCAACAAAGUACACACCACCAACAUCGUGGACAAGAACUGGGUGGCCGGCAUAUCCAACGAACUCUGAUUCUGGCGGCUCAUCAGGUGGCCUCUCUUCGGGAGCAAAGGCUGCGAUAGGAGCUGGAGUUGCCGUGCCGAUAGUCGUCGUCGGGUUGGCCCUCGGCUUGUUCUUCUGGUGGUGGAGGAAACGGAAGCAGUACAACAAGGUGCAGAUGGCCCAACACACAACACCGCCUACGGAGCUUCACAGCCAGUCGACGCCUAGCGAGUUGGCAAGUGGAAUGACACACAAGCCUCUGUACGCCGCCGAGGUGCCUGCGCAAGAGCCUCCCGCGACUGAACUGCCGGCGCCAUUGCGGUAG